AGGCGCUAUUUCUGCACUAAAAUCAACGCCAUCUUUAUUAGCAUGGUAGUGAAAUAAAAAUUGGUAUAUUAAAUCCGCUACAAAAUGACAGAUGCAGGCUUUUUUCGGGUAAUGUUUAUUCUCUAUAGUAGUUAAAUAACCGUAAACUAGUCUAACGUAGAUAUAUGUAAAGUGCGAAUGAUAAUAGCAGAAUUAUUCGUGUUUAGGCCGUUCUCGAAUCUCUCACGGACCCACCGCAUUCUAGAGCAGACAGGUUUUGCGGUACCACGAUAGUACAACGACGCGUUGUUCUGGUUUAGGUAAAUUGCUAAUAAAGUGGUAUGAGAAGCACGCUCAAAUUACUUUGCACAUAAGCAGACAUUUUGGAAGUUUAUUUGCGCUUCUUACGCCAAAAUUAAGGCUUUCAGAUUUAAGGAAACAGGAAGAGUACGACACACGGUCUAACCAUGAUGUAUACUGGGACAUCUGCGGAGCAGGACAACCGUUUCAGUGACAAGGAGAAGAAACUGUUGAAGCAGAUGAAGUUUGGAANGAAAUUGUGUUGUUAGGUGGACAUGUCAAAAGUGAAGCUGGACGUCAUAAAGCCGUGGAUUGCCCAGAAGAUUACCGAAAUCCUCGGAAUGGAAGAUGAUGUUGUGGUUGAAUUUGUCUUCAACCAACUGGAAGCAGAGAAGCACCCAGAUCCCAAGAAGAUGCAGAUUAACCUGACAGGGUUCCUGAACGGCAAGAACGCUCGCCUGUUCAUGUCAGACUUGUGGGAGCUGCUGUUGUCGGCACAGGACUCGGUCAGCGGGAUACCAGGGCAGUUCCUCGAACAAAAAAAGGAGGAGAUAAAAAAGAGAAUGGAAGAGCAAGACAGGAUACAAGAAGCUUUGAAGAACAAACUGGAUAAGAGCAAAGACAAAGAUGAUAAAGACCGUAAAAGGGAUAGAGACAGGAAGAGAAGCCGAUCUCGCGACCGUCAUCGUGAGCGUGACAGAGAUCGUGACAAGGACAGAAGAGACCGUGAUAAGGACAGAGAAAGAGAACGUGAGAAAGAGAGGGAACGCGAAAAGGAGAGAGAGAGGGAGCGUGAAAAGGAACGAGAAAGGGAUAAAGAGCGGGAGAAAGAGAAGGAACGCGAAAGAGAGAAGGAGCGGGAACGAAGAGACAAGGAGAACAGCCACAGAUCUCCAUCAAAAUCUCCCAGAAGGUCAAUUUCACCGCCAGUUAAAACUGAAAGUAAACCAGAAGUGAAAGAUGUGCACAACAACAACAACAACAACAACAGACAUUCUUCGUCCUCCCCAGAGCCCGAGACUAGAAAGAAGCAGGAUACGUCUACGAAAGUAGAACCACCUCGUGCUAUGUCAAGUGUUCAAGCUAAACUCCUCAGCCUGGCAGGAGGACCCAAAGUGAAACCUUCAGAUACAGUUAAUGACAGAUCUUCCUCAUCUCGAUCAAGAUCUAGGUCACGCUCAUGUUCCAGGUCUACCAAACGUCCAGUCGCCAGGAAGCGUUCGUCUAGUCGUGAAGCUAGCAAGUCGUCAUCACCUUCUAGGGCUCCUAAGAAGUCACCUGAAAGGGAACGAAGUCGCAAGAAAAAGGCGGCUUCCAAGUCUCGUUCUCGGUCUAGAUCUCGAAGCUCUUCCUCUUCGGCCGCGGAAUCCCACAAGAGCAAAGGCGGUAAAUCUCAGUCAGGAGCGAAAGCAAAUCACCGUUCUAAAUCACGGUCACAUUCCAAAUCCAGAAGAAGUUCAAAAUCCCACUCAAGGUCACCGGCCAAAAGGCGCUCAAGGUCGCCGUUGAAGAGAAGGUCGGGAUCGCCGAGUAAACCGGCUGGAAAGGGGGGAAAGAAUAGGGCUCAGAGUUCGGAGAGCGACAGCAGUAAAAGUGCGUCGUCGUCAUCUGAGCACUCGGAAAAAGGUAAAGGUAGCAAGGAAGAAGAUUUUGAAAUCCACAAGAAAGAAGACAGCGUGCAGAAGAAGCGGCAUUAUCGGAAUAACAACAAAGAUAAUGACUCUUCGGGAAGUGAUUCGGAUGCUGAGCGCUCCAGGCGGGAAAAGAGAGUUGGUUCAAGUCCCCGUUCGCCUCACCGACGACACAGAGCAGCCAGCCGGGAUCGUGAACGGGAAAUUUUUCGUGAAAGGAGAGGUGGCAGAUACAGACGCUCGCUUGAACGCGAGAGAGAACGGGAGAGGGAGAGGCACAGGAUGCGGGAGAGAGAGAGAAGAAGAAUGCCUCCGCCAUUGAUGAGGAGACCGCCGUCUAGGAGACUGAGUCCAAGGAGAACUCCAAGAAGAAGUCGCAGUCAACAAUCAGCUUCUCAGCAUCGCUCACGCUCUCCACAUGGUAGAAGCCACAAUUCCACCGAGAGGCGGCGAUCUGUUUCUCGAGAUGAAAAGAAGAGGAAGCCUCGUUCUGAGUCUCGCAGCGCCUCGCCACCGUCUGCAAAACAGAGGUUCUCACACAGUCUGUCAAGAACACCGUCGCCGUUUAGAAAAGGGGCGGAUAAGGAUCAGGAGAUUAGUGCAGACAAGAGGUCUGUCAAAAGCAAAUCUAGAAGGUCUCCUUCAGAAAAUGACGAUAGGGAUACGUCAGUCAGCCGGAAAAAGGGCGCACCGCCAUCGUCCUCUCCUUCUCCUGAUAAGAGCAAGCUUAAAUCAAGGGAUCGAAUUUCAGAAUCUCGCCAAGUAGAAAAGAACCAUAAGAGGUCGUCAGCUGCCAUAAAGGAAGGGAGUCGUGAGAAGGCAGUUCGAAAGGUUCUGAGGCAGGAUCCUGAAGAUUCGCCACCUGCGAGAGAAAGAGAUCGUAAAGCUGGUAAGAAACAGUCAGAGUCGCCAAUACGGUCAACUGAAAAAGAGAGAAAACCCGAGGAAAAGAAACGGAAGGUUUCCGAGAGCUCGGAAUCUCCGUCUCCCAAACGAAAGAAGUCCGGGUCCCAGGACAAGCAGGUGGUAAGAAAAAGCCGGACAAGGAAGGCUGACACUUCUGAAUCAGACGAUUCAGAAGAAGAGGAACGAGUGAAGGUUGUAAAGAAGAAGCGGCGGGCAUCCAGCUCAGAGGAAGAUACGAAAGCCAAAAAGAAAAAGAAGAAGAAGCAAAAGGAGUCUUCAAGUGACUCUGAUGUGGAAAGUGAUGCUGAAGUUGAAGGAAAGAAGAAAAAGAAGGAUAAGAAACACAAAAAACACAAGAAACACAAGAAACAUAAGAAACACAAAAAACGCAAAGUUGAAGAGAGCGAGGAUUCUGAAGCGAGUGAAGCGGAAAAUACCGAAGAACUGGAAAGGAGGUUGCGAGAGCGAGCUCUCAAGUCAAUGAAACGCAGUGAAAGGGGGGGUAGUGAUGACAGCAACUGAUGGCAUGACAAGCUGACUGCGAAGAUUACGAUACAGUGCAUACUCUGACAGUACAGUGAGACUAUCACAACUGUCCAGAAACAUUCCCCAAAUCUUCCUUCUGUUUCCUCAGAAGUGUAGGCUUUUAUUAAUGAAUUUGUAUUAAAUCAUGGAAAGUAAUACAAAAAAACUAUUACACUCUUUGUUUAAACUAUAGUAGCAAGAAACUAGUGGAAGGUGAGUCAGGAGUGGAAAAAAGUAGGAAACAAUAUUACCUGAAAACCAGUUAUAUCUUCAUCUGUCAUCUAGAGAGUGAUUCCAAGCUCUUGAAACUGCGUUAGUUACUGUAAUGCGCAUGUAGUACGUACAGCAAUCGGCAGUAACAUUUUAUUGGCAUGCAUGUAUAUAAACACACCUGUCUGAUCCCACACUACUACUGCCGUUAUAAGCGACAUUUUAAAAUAAGAACCGGAGCCUUGGUUUGCAUUUUGUGGUUGAAUUUCCUCAUGUUAGCUUCCUUUUCUGAUAUGUUCAUCUUUUGCGGAUCUUCAUACUUUAUGUCGCAUUAUCUAAACUUAAAUAUUUAAAAUGUCAUGUCAUGUUAGUCUACACACGGUGGCAGCGAAGAAAGAAUGUCCCGAGUCACUGAGGAACACCGAUGUCAUCCCGUAUUUUAUACUUUGGGAUUCGUCAGCGUAAGUAGCGCGAUAUUUACCCGAGUACAAAACAGCUUUAAAAUUUUUUAAAGGCUUCUGUGAAAAAGGUUUUGUGCCGAGUGGGUACUCGUUAGGACUCCUUAGGUGAUGAAACUGGUUGCCGCUAAGCAAAGAAAGUCGUGCUAGGAUAAAAGUGACAUGUAAAGUAAUGAAGUUUUAUCGUUAUCAGGAUUUACUCAUAAUUUCGCUCUAAGGUUUUGUCUGGAGGGUAUCGAAAUAAUCGAUGCAAAUUGGCUUUCAGGUUUUAUUUCAGUAUGUUUCGUCAUAGUUUAUAACGAUGCGCGGUUGAAAAUGGCUUUCCCUCUUAAGUCAGGAAAACUGCUUGAGAUUGAGUAGUGUUUUUAGUUUCUCGGGGACUUAAGAUAUUUUCAGGACUCCAAUUUGUGUUUUGAAACACUUUCAUUUCUUUUUUCUGUGCUGUACGGAAGUGCUUUUUCAGAAUUGCUGCACUUGAUUUAUCUUAGAGCCACCUUUCAGUGAACAGGGAGUGGAGUAAUGUGUUCACAGCGCAAGACUUGCGGUGUGUCGACAAUUUAUUCCUGUGCAGACGAAGAAAGUAAUGAUACACGAACAGAGACCAGGAGCUCAUUCAGAACUGCAUGUAGUCGUUUCACUGCAACGAUACGUGCUAGUAUUGUGGCGUAUUGCAAGUGUGUUAUAUCAAUGUAUGUGUGGGUAUUGUUAACAUUUUUUUUUCUUUAGUACUUUCAGAACAGCACUGAAAUUCUGAUGUAAUGAUAAUAAAAUAAUAUUCCUAAUGUUUGACUUUUUUGAAAAUACAGCAGCUGAGUUUAGCAUUUUGCUUUCAUUGUAAUCUCGUCUUCUUUGGCUGCCUUUAUUUAAUUUUUACGUCUCGUGCUUGAAUCACCUUGAAACCUUUUCCAAAAAUAAUUUUUUUCCGUACUAACGAUGCUUUUUUUACCCAACAUUUUACCUUAUUUGUGUUGUAAAAUUGAGAGGUUUUCCAUCCUACAGCAUUAUAAUUUUGUUACAAGUUUUUUCUGUCCCGUUGAUAGAAACUGUGCGCACGCACGUUUAUUGCAGCUUCUCCUAUAGUUGAAAUAAGUUGUGGUGAUAGUGAUUGUUACUGUUUAUAUUAAUUGAAUAAAAGAUUUGAGGAACAACAUAAGACGGAAGAACGGUUUGAGCGAUUCCUUGUUGUGGUCGAAACAUUAUUGUAUAAAUGUAAAAGUACCCACUUUCAGAAUGUAUAACUAUGUGAGUAGAAUUCAUUUCAGCCAGUAACUUGAUUUUGAGAAAAAUGUGACUUAUGUUGUUUGAGCAGUCACUGAUUCUGUUUCAUUGGAAUUUAUGUAAAUGCCCAGGGACUUUUAAAUCGCUAUUACAUACUUAUCCGUAGUGUGGUUUGUAAUGCUGUAUGUAAGCGUACGGUUGAUACCGGUUUUAUUGUGCUCGGAGAAUUUACAUCAACUUCUCUUCAUUUAUAACGAAACUGCAAUUUCAUAUCAACACUGAUAAUUCCUUUUCUGAGACUGCAAUAUCACCGGAUUGUGGGCUGGAUGAUCUAGGUUCAGUUCGUGACAGGAACGCGGGUCCUGUUGGCAGUCGCUUCAUGACAGUCUCAGGCUGACCUAGUCUUCUAUCUAGUGAGCACUUGGGGCACUUAUAUCAGAUGAAGCUGAUUACUUGUGUCAAUUUAGUGCUGAGGUUACGAAUACACGUAGUUAAUAGCUCCAGUCUUCAUGCAGUGGUGUAAAUUAAGAACAGGAAAUUCUUUCUUUUUUCAAUUCCAGCUUCUUUAAACAGGUGCGUGGUUAAAUACAGUACAGGUAGGUGAAAUUUAACCAUUUUGCUCGCUUCACGCUGACACAGUUAAUGGUCAGUUCUGGCAAAUCUGGUCACGUCAUACAUUUUUUUCACAAAAAAAAAUACCUGUGAGAAUUUAGGUUCACACAGCGGUGAGUUUAUGAAGAUGACUGUCUUUUGCGAUCAUCGCACCUUAUAAUCUGGGGCCUACAUGGUGUAAGAUCCCAGAAGACCGUCAUUUUCAAAUUAUGCCUUUUACAAAAAUAAACAAUGAAAUAUGUAAUUAAAAAGAUGUAGAAAUAUAUCUCUGGUUGGUAACAGGAAGUUUUAAAUGACGAGGCUACUUACAGGGAAGAGAAAAGGUCAGGAAAUUGGAAUUCAGAAAAGUCAGAAUUUCUGAAAUGUAAUAGAACUGCGAAAAUCUUUUUAAUACAAAAAAAUGGGGUACAAUCAUGCCUUUGCUUUUCCCACCCAAAUCAUUGGAAAUGCUAAGAAUGGCUUUUGCGAUUUGGUGAUCUGCAAGGCAGCUACAGAAAUUAGUUUUGUUCACUGAUUUUAAAAGAAAAGAUAACGUAGAAAUAAAUUUUUUUGCACAUAUCUGCUGAUGCACGGCUGUUUGUGGACACUGCGCCUAAUGUACCUAUGUUGCUUCUUGCUGGAAUUGUUAAUAGAGGUGUAGAAAUUUUUCAUUUGUUCCUGAACAUCUCACUAACUUCAUUCUUGUUCUAAACGUAGUUGUUUUCGGUUAGGUUUGUAGGGAGGUCAACUUUGCAGUUUGCAAGUUUUCAUUCGUACUUUCACUAGCCUAAGUAUCUCCAGUUUGUGUUGACCACUUUGAUGACUGUCCAAAACAUUUCAGAAAUUGUAUGUUUUUAUGGGCGAAUAUGACAUCGAUCUGCUAUUAUUUUUAACAGUGAAUCUGAAAUGGUGCGACACAAUAUCCCAUUGUAGUUGUGGCGCUGAUUUUUCUUGAUGUAGAACCGUCAUUGUGAUGUGUAUAAUGACCCCAUUACACACUGUAAUUGAGUUGAUGGAAUUCAUAAAAAGUACAAAAUGCUUAUAAAAAUUACGAAUGUAAUUAGAAAGUUUACAUUUCAUAUAUCAUAGUUUGUGGCCUGUUUUCCAUAAAACUGGUAUUGAAGAAACAAUUGGAAAUGACGUACAAUUUUGGGGCUUUUGGAGAUGGGCCAUGUCAGAUGUUGGAAAUUAUCCAGUAUUUCAACAAACAUUGUGAUUGUCAUCUUCAGGGUGACUGUUUAAUGGUUGUUUUGGAAGCCUCAUGUAGGGCAGCGAUCGAUUGGUUGAGCAGAAUGGGCUGAAAGUGUGUGACUGAGGAAAAGAUGUGAAAAAAAAUUUAAAGAUCCCUUCCUGUUCUUGAAAUAUUUUUCAUCAGCCAUUAGCACAUCUCCUGUUUGAUACCAGCCUGCUCUUUGACUCCACCAAUCAGCACCAUCAAAUCUAACUUGUCUCAUACUGCCUGCUAUAUAUAUAAGCCUUCCAAAGUGACCAUCAAAGAUGUCAACAUCAUCAUUUGCUGAAAGAGAUCAUUUUCAAUAUUUGACGAGGGUCGUCUCCAAAGCCGAAGUUGUGCAUUGAAGUCCAGCCAUGAAAACAUAAGGACAAGCAUUGGAAAUAUUCCCUUGUGGUCCUUAUUUUUCCACAUUGCAAUAAUUAAUUUAUGAACUUAUUUCAAUUUAUUUUGGAAUACAGUCACGUGCAAGAUUCAAUAUUGUCCUUUGCGAAAUGUCAAAAUAUAUUUCAUUUCCAAUGUUGGAUGUAGAAUUUUGUAUCACAGACACUGAGAUUUUUAUUUUGUGUGUUUUUGUGACUUUGACGCUGGACCAGGAAGGGUCGACAGUAAUUGUGAAUAUUUGUGAAAAAUAAAGUUUGAUAUUGCCCUGGUGGUGGUAA